ACCAGGCGAAGCAAGGAUUCCACUAUAGUGGCUCACGGCUGUUGUGGCUAGGUUCUUAUGAGGGGUGAAAGACUUCACAAAUCGGUAUUCUUCAUUGACUCGGUCACAGUCAAUCUAAGUUGUAUGCACCUAGGAGAGCAACUGUUACAGUACCUUGAAGUGUGGAAGACCAGAAACUGGAGCGAGAUUACGGGGUCACUGAGGGAAAAUGGCGGACGUCGAGGGAGAGGUAAUUCGUUCGGCGGCACCUCCGUUGGUUUCAUCCUCUCGAAACGGCUCAAGUGGAUGCCCAACGCAGGUCACUGGCAGUUGCCAAACGGUGACUACGGUUACUUCUGGUCCUAGACUGGUGCGGAUAGUCAAAUCUGACUCGGGAUAUGGAUUCAAUGUCCGAGGACAGGUUAGCGAAGGAGGGCAACUACGGAGCAUCAACGGCGAAUUAUAUGCCCCGCUACAGCACGUUAGUGCUGUUUUACCGGGUGGAGCAGCGGACAGAGCCGGCAUCUCCAAAGGGGAUCGGAUUCUGGAAGUUAACAGUGUUAACGUGGAGGGGGCUACCCAUAAGCAGGUAGUGGAUCUGAUUCGGGCUGGCGAGAAGGAGCUGGUACUGGCUGUGCUUUCCGUGCCUCCGCAGGAGGCAGACUGCCUGGACCCAGGAGACGACGGCUCGGCCCAGUCUUGUUACGACUACAGCGACAAGCAGGCCGUUCCCAUCUCCGUCCCCACAUACAAACACAUUGAACUAAACCAGGAGAGGUUUGUGGUCUAUAAUGUCUACAUGGCAGGCAGACAGCUGUGCUCCAAGCGGUACAGGGAGUUUGCUAUCCUCAACCAGAACCUGAAGAGGGAGUUUGCCAACUACACCUUUCCCAAACUACCCGGCAAAUGGCCCUUCUCCCUGUCUGAACAACAGCUAGACAGCCGACGCAGGGGACUGGAGGAGUACCUGGAGAGAGUGUGUUCGGUGAGGGUGAUCGGAGAGAGUGACAUCAUGCAAGAGUUUCUUUCUGAGUCUGAUGAGAACUAUAAUGGAGUAUCAGAUGUGGAGUUAAGGAUAGCCAUGCCUGAUAAAACCACGGUCACCGUCAGAGUCCGCAAGAACUGUACUACUGACCAGGUCUACCAGGCAGUGGUCAUGAAAGUAGGAGUGGACAGCAUCACAGCCAGCUACUUUGCUCUGUUUGAGGUCAUCAACCACUCCUUUGUGCGUAAGCUGGCUCCAAAUGAGUUUCCUCACAAGCUGUAUGUUCAGAAUUACACGUCUGUUGUCCCUGGGACCUGUCUCACCGUCCGCAAGUGGCUCUUCACCACUGAGGAGGAGAUCUUACUGAAUGACAACCAGCUGGCCAUCAACUACUGCUUCCACCAGGCUGUAGAUGACGUGAAGAAGGGCUUCAUCAAGGUGGAGGAAAAAUCCUACCAGCUCCAGAAACUAGCAGAACAGAAGAAAAUGGCCAUGUAUCUCAGUGUGUUACGGGGCUGCGAUGGAUACAACGAGAUCAUCUUCCCCCACUGCUCCUGUGACUCCCGACGCAAAGGUCAUGUAAUCACGGCCAUCAGCAUACACCACUUCAAACUGCACGCCUGCACCGAGGAGGGGACUCUAGAGAACCAGGUUAUUGCGUUUGAGUGGGUGGAGAUGCAGCGCUGGGACACCGAUGAGGAGGGCAUGGCCUUCUGCCUGGAGUACACCAGGGGGGAGAAGAAACCUCGCUGGGUUAAGAUCUUCACCCCCUAUUUCAACUACAUGCACGAGUGCUUUGAGAGAGUCUUCUGUGAACUCAAAUGGAGGAAAGAGCUGGAAGAGGAGGCUGUGGAUAUGAACAACAAGAACUGCAGUAAAGAUGGUAUGUGUAGCAAGAAUAUCUUCCAGCUGUUGAGACACAGAAGGGAUGGCGGGACCUAACAGGAGAGAUCAUCACCUCCUAAACAAACACGCACAAUUCUCCAUUUAUCCUCCGGUCCAGUCUGACUCCACCAGUACCACUCCUCUGGCAACGCUGGCUGUUACCCACCAUGAACUCCUAAACAAAAUCAAACAAUAUAAAGACACUGGAGCUGCUAACAGAACGCGAAUGUACAAACAUAGAGCAGGUUUGUGAUGGUGAAUAACAGACAGAAGAGGGAGCUGAAACAUCGGACGUUAAUUUGUUCCUGAUGGGGCAGGUCAUUCUGGUCUUCUAAAUGCCCCUCCCACCCCAUGAAAUGAGCCAGUAAGAAGUCUCGGUCUGGGGGAAACCCCCUUCACGGGGAGGGGCUACAACUAGACCAGAGUGGCCCCGUCUUGAUGUUCAUCUUAACAGAUAUCCGCCAUCUUUAGUGAAUAAGUCAGUUCCAUAACUUCAUACAUUGCCACAUCAUGUUGGUCCAAACUCCAGGGAGACGAUUGGUUAAAGAGGCUGGCGUCUUGUGGUGGGAUUGGAUGCAGGAGGGGGUUUUCUAAUGGGAAACACAAUUGACACAUGCAAGUCUCUUUUUUAGAGAGUGAGCGGUGAUGGAACUCAGACAUCCUGUCUUGUUUGUGUCAUAAGCUCAAUUUCAAUGAGAUGCACUGAAGAGCCUUGACAAUGACCCCCCAUUUUGUUUGCUUUUAUGAAUAUAGGGUGUGGAGCACAGUCCAGGGUAGUGUACGUGUGUUUUUAUUUUGUUGUUUAAUAAAUGCUGAAAUUGC